AACUGGUGAUAAGACAAAGUAGCUUCUCUCCUGCGUGAGAAUUACUCCUUCGGCAACUGAGACAUUGGUUCGCGCAGUGCCUAUUGCGUUGUUCAUCAAGGAGGUUUCAGGUAGAAAUCUCAUUCUUGGUCUCUUCGUCUCUCGUCCGCGUCUUACUUGGCCAAGCUGUCUUCGACGCUGAAAUAACCUCACCGUUUGCUUGUUUCUCUCCACAUCGUUUAUCGUUCAGAUGACGAACUGGUGAUAAGACAAAGUAGCUUCUCUCCUGCGUGAGAAUUACUCCUUCGGCAACUGAGACAUUGGUUCGCGCAGUGCCUAUUGCGUUGUUCAUCAAGGAGGUUUCAGGUAGAAAUCUCAUUCUUGGUCUCUUCGUCUCUCGUCCGCGUCUUACUUGGCCAAGCUGUCUUCGACGCUGAAAUAACCUCACCGUUUGCUUGUUUCUCUCCACAUCGUUUAUCGUUCAGUGACGCUCGCGGCGACUGAUGGCAGCGUCGAAAGCGAGGCCGGAGGAAGGCCGGAGUACUCCGUCGGGGGAGCAGCUGCCCCUCGUGGAAUCCGCAGGUGAAAUGAAACCCUCUCUUUAUGCAGGCUUUUGUUCAGCUCAUGGUGGCUUCCGGCUGUUCUGGUGUGCUACGUGUAGAACCGGGCUCUGCCGGGAGUGUACUGUAGUGGAUCACCCCAACGACCUUUGCGAGGUCGUUUCCUUGAAGGAGGCCGUCAGCACCUUCCAGAGGGAGGAGGAGGACGCCGUAGUUCAGCUGAAACUCCGUCGCUUGCAGACGUUCUCCUUGAUCAGGAAGGGAGACGUAUUAAAUGCCGCCGUCCAGCGGCUUCUGAAGGUUCACGGAGACCUGAUGGGAGACCUUCAGGGGGAACUUAAAACCCUGGAAGCUUUCCUUGAAAGAAAGGAAGAAGAGACCCCUGAUCUAGAAAGUGUCUUGCGAGGCUUGGCUGAAGAAUCUGAGGAGAGCGAGGAAUCCGAAGACUCUGCAGCAGAGAGCGGGGAGGACAGAGCUGCCAGGUCUCGGCAGACUUUCGAGGGCUGGCACCGGAACCACAAGGAACGGAUGACUCGGCUGACCAAAUGCCUAGAGGCCACACACACCAGGAAGAUGGGAAAGAUCCAGUUCUCCAUCUCGCUCUCCAGCGCUUGGACAUCAUGGCGAUUCAAAACCAGAUAA